AUGGCGACAUAUCGUGGAAGCUUCUAUUUCGUCAACAAAGAUAGCUCCAACUUGACUCGCAAAGAUGCAAACGAAGCGUUUCGAAUCAGUUCCCAUGUCACAAACAAGUACUAUCAAUGGGCGAAGCGAAAUCGGAAGAAGUACGCAGUCAAUGUUGGAGAAAGUCAACAUCGGCUUGAAGCUCAAGCUCUCCAGAAAGUCCACAAGUCACAGAAUUUUAUCUGGUCGGCCGCGCCUGUCUCGCACGUCGGGGAUGAAUGUGUCCAGCUAGGAUCAGGGGCGAACAGUAGUGCGUACGGGUCUGCCAGUCCGCACGACUCACUCGAACAUCUCGAGCAGCCGUCAUCAACCGAAGAGAUCGGUCGGCAAUACCUCAAUUUCCAACUCUGGCCAGAAGCUCUCUCCGAGAGAGAAUGUCGAAUGCCUAAGCGUUUUGACUUCAACCCCCCCGAUUGGGCCGCCUGUCCUCUUUUCCGAAAGGAGGCUUUGGCAGUCUUCCGUGACUGGUGUCUCUCCUACAGCUGUGUCGGUAUACAGCAGGCAAAUUAUCGCCAGUCGAUCGACGCUGCCUGGCGUGCGAAAGCGACAGCAUUCGUCACGGACAAGAAAUCUCUGCAUGGCUGGUAUUCGAGCGUUCUGAUCUUGAAAGCUCUCUAUAUGCAGCCAGAAUCAUUCACUUUUCUCUAUCCCAUGGCUCUCAGGCAUCAGAACAGGAGUCUGAUGUUACUCCGGGCGCACGUCUCGUUAUAUAAUGGCGACUUUCGAGCGAACGUGGCCCAUGAGCCAGUCCUAUGGGAAGCUGUAGAAAGGCUUGGAGGUCUAGAUGCGCUCGAUCCAGACACGCGAGCGUUUGUUAUCUUGAUGGACAAUGGCCAUUCGAGGUUCACACUUACGCGACCACAUUUGCACUAUACCCACUUCGACCCCGGGUCUUUUCAUUCUCAACCGGAACUUGCUCAGUAUGGUCCUUUGCUGUCAAACUUGGACUCACAGUUUCGACUAUGGGACGAAGCAUUUCUCCUGCCUGAUGACGCUCUUUCUGAUGACCUGCACAACUAUAUCAUGGCGCAUCGAGAGUUCGUGGCCGCACAAGCUUUAGCAAGCCGGUUACUUUCGGAGAAGGACCAGAACGCUGCCGACGCCGUCUUCUAUUGGCUCCACCGUCGACGCGACUCCCUGAGUUCUUGGACUAUGACUGUCUACUGUAACAUCGUCCAGACGAUGACUCCCCAGACACCCAUGUCUCGACGCACGCGGAGACAACUACACGCAUGCAUCUGUCUCGCAGUAUCUUAUGCCAUGUCGUUCAUCUACGGAUUCACUCUCCCUCUCGAGAAAUGGCUUCUCUAUAUCCCCAUCCAGAACUUGCGGCCUCAGAUAGAGAUCCUGCUAGACUGCAUGAGGAAGCGAGGCACAUUGCCUUCUGCAGCCUCAUCGGGAACGGCUACUUCCUUGCCUACACCGCCAGUGGCUAUAACUCACCAUGAAAGCCUCCUCUUUCUCUUCUUCGUCGGCGCCUGCGCCGAACAGCUCUCUGAUGGUACCGGUAAGAGACCUGAAUUACUCAUCGACAAGCGGUGGUAUUCAACACGGUUCGCUGAGAUGACGAAGAUUCUCAGGUUGAGGACCUGGAAAGAAUCCAAAAAGGUCUUGGAAAUGUUUCUAUACGGUGAUGGGAUGGUUUUGGACCGGUUUGUCGAAGGCUUAUUCGAGCUCAGGAAUGAGUUGGCGAUGAGUGGCGGUAUGCUCUAA